AUGCCUUCUCUGACAACAACAGCAGGCGCCAUAGCUGCUACAGCCAUCUCGCUUUCACACGAUGGGGACAAGUCGCCACCACCAGACAACGGCGAGUGUCGACUGCUUGGACCUUUUGCUAUAUUUGUACAAGGUGCACUAGGCUUGUUGGCAUUAUUGGCACUGGUCUACAAACGAUGGAGAGAGAGACCACAACGGCCGCUGAAGAUUUGGUUUUUCGAUGUCUCGAAACAGGUUGUGGGAAGUGUAUUGGUGCAUAUUGCGAAUCUGCUCAUGAGCAUGCUUUCGAGCGGGCAGUUCAGCAUAGCGCUUGACGUAGCGACGGUUUCGACACGAGGGAUCCAGAGGAGGAUGGUGGAUUCACAGGGGAAUUAUAAGCCAAAUCCUUGUAGUUUCUAUCUGCUGAAUUUGGCGAUCGAUACUACGAUCGGUAUCCCAAUCCUCAUCUUCCUCCUUCGUAUCCUUACUGCCCUCUUCGCCAUGACUCCUGUUGGGAAUCCUCGCGAAUCGAUCGAGUCAGGAAAUUAUGGCAACCCGCCUCGAACAUGGUGGUGGUGCAAGCAGUCGAUGAUCUACUUCAUUGGUCUCAUGGGCAUGAAGAUCUGCGUCCUGAUCAUCUUCCUGCUCCUGCCCUGGAUAUCACGCAUAGGAGACUGGGCAUUAAGAUGGACGGAAGGCGACGAAGUGCUACAAGUUGUCUUUGUUAUGCUGGUCUUCCCAGUUAUCAUGAACGCAACCCAAUAUUACAUCAUCGAUUCGUUCAUCAAGAACCAGAAACCGGACCACGAGAGGAUACCGGAUGUGGACAGAGAUGACAGUUUUGAUCAGGGCCAUGAAGGACGAUAUGAAGACCCAACGAGUGGUAGUAGCGAUGAGAUUCAUUCUGGGGACGAGGAUGACGAAGUCUUGGCUAAGGCCGACGAAUUGAAGACUAAGGCUAAGGCAUCAGCGAAGACAAAGAGAGGGAACAGCAGCAGUAGCAGACCUGGAACGGGAAAGAGUCAUUCGAAGAAAGUCAACAAGGACUACGAUCCCAUGUUUGAUGGAGAGAGUAGCCCAACUGUUGUUGGGAGUGCUAGUACUAGUGAGCGGGAGAGACUCGCGCUGAAGGAAGCUGAUAGUGAGGACGAGUCAGAGCAGCAGCGAUUACGAAGCUAA